GGGGGCGGAGUUGUACGUGCAGUUCUGUCCUGGACCUAUGAUUGUUUGUAGUUAUCAAGCACAGCAGCGGAGUGAAGGUUUGUCCGGUCAGUAUAAUACCAAAACCUUUACCGUAAACCGCGAGGAUGCUGGCAGAAUAAAUGUAUCGGUCCUGUAACUCACUGUACCGCUGCUGUUCAAGGCUGUAGUUUAUUAGCUUGUGAAAAGGCGAGCUAGCUGUUAGCCAACUCUGCUAGUUAGCGUCAUCCAGCUCAAAGUUAGCUGCUGUGGUCAGAGUGAUGCUCCCAGCAAGUUUAACAGAGCUUGAUUAAGAUGUAGCAGGAAUUUAAGUUGUUUUUUUCGAUCAAUCUGAAAGGUUUUCCGUCGAUCUGAGAGCGGUGCCUAACUGAAUUGUUUCCUCUUUUAAACCAGUAGCUUCCUUUACCUCCCAGUUAUUGUCAGAUUUCUGGUAAACGCCAGAAGGCCUGUGAUUUUGGGGUUUUUUUGUUUGCUUGUGUCCGGGUAUUGCUCACAGAAGGCACGCUGGAUCUUGUCUGAUUGUGUCAGCUUUCGUUCUCACGUCAUUUUAUCUGAUUUUUUUUUGGGACUAAACCAGGUCGCAGACUUGAAUCAGUUGAACUACCUGAAGUUGAAGACAUCUCAGGAACAACAACAACAACAUUGUGGUGAUAUCAGUUCCCCCCUUUUCCAGACCUCUGCUGUCUCUGAGGUAAGGCUGAAAUAAAACUGUUUAUUGACUUGUCUUCUAACCUGAAGAUGAAUAAUAAGAGUGUUGUUUUUUAGUUUCUUUUACUCCUCAUUUGUAUGUGUUGUAAUAUGACUGUAAACAAUCUUACAUGUGAUAGUUAUGGGUGGCCAACAGGGAAGAGCUUUUUCAUGUUUUACACACAAAUAGUCAGCUCAAAAGUUUCAAGCUGUGAGUUAAACCUGUGUUAGAGUAAUCCCAGGCUGCACUGAGCGGCUUGCUCAAUAUGUCACAUGAGAAUUAAGGAAGAUGGACACAGGAUCAUGACACCGCUGACUGGUCCAUCCUCUUAAAAGAGCAUAACAAACAAAGUGUAAAAUUAACUUAGGGUCAAACACACUCUAACACUAACUUAGAAACCCCAUCAAGAGAUGAAUGUUGCCGACCGCUUGCUUCUCUAGUUUUACCAACUUUAGUAACGACCACAAGAUAGCAAUACACAGCAGUCUGAGGAGCCAUCAACAAACCUCAAUCAAAACACCACUCUAUAGCCACAAAUAAUGCUCAGAACAGCACCUAACGUCAGCAACAGUACAUAUAGGGUCCUAGCCAUAGUACUAGCCACCAAACAUCUUUUUAACUUUGACUAAUUCCUUUAACAAAGAGACUAAACACAAGUCACCUACCCUCUUCCAGCAGCCGAUUGUUUGUAGUGAGACCUCGGGCCAGUCCAUUACGGACUAUAACGGGGUGACACAGCUCAAGGAAGAACAUUUAUGAUCAUUACUUCAUGGAAAUGCAAUCAGACAGAGACGCUAAGGCAGAAGAACUACCGCGUCUGCAGAGCAAAAUGAUUAAUAUGGUGAUUAUUACUUCAAGGAAAUGAUAAAGAAAUGAUCAUAAAUGUUCUGAAGUGCAAAAUGAUUAAUUAAUUUAACAUAGUCCAUAAUUACUUAUAUCCUAAUCCUGUAAACUGACUUCGUUUUGUUUCAUCAAUGCAUGAGCUGUUGUUGUUGUUGCUGUUGUUUUAAUGUUGCCGCUGUCACCUGUCUCUCUCUCUCUCACCCUCGUUCUCUACUCUCUCUCCUUCCCUCUAUCUUGUUCUCUUUCUCUCCCCCUGCCCUCCCUCCUCCUCUCUCUCUCUCUCUCUCUCUUUCCCCCUAUCUUUCUGUAUUCUUUCCCAACCCAGCAGCGGCCUGGUGGCUGUCUAGCAUGAGUCUGGUCCUACCUAAUCUACUGUGAUGUCUUUCACUGAUUCUAGGCUGACCGAACAGACCAACGGGAACAAAAAUGUCAGCUGAGAAGAUGGAGACAACAGCGAGCGUGUCCAAUGGAGCAGGGCCAGUGUAUGAGGAAAAAGAGGAAAAACUCAGGUACAUUCGCUGCUGCUUUUCUAACACUUUUGUUUUGAUGUAAGUCUUGCUUGUGAUGGGUCUUGUUGACACACAUAUUUUGACCCCAGCCCUGAGGAUCUGUCUGAGAUGCUGGCAGCGGGGACGAAGGAGGUUCACGAAAAGGCGGAGAACACCCAGUUUGUGAAAGAUUUCCUCAGGGGACGCAUUCGAAAAGAGCUCUUCAAGGUCAGCCUGAAGUGAAGGAAUGUAUUUGUAAUAAUUUACUGAAUGAGUGAGGAAAUGAUAAAAGUAAAUGUGCCUAGGUGAAAGGGCAAAACUUGUCAUUUUCAACUCUGCUUUCUUGUUCCCCCAGCUUGGUGCUGUUGCACUCUAUUACACUUACUCAGCCAUGGAAGAGGAGAUUGAAAAGAACAAAGACCACCCCCACUUUGCCCCUCUAUAUUUCCCCACAGAGCUGCACCGUCAUGAGGCCCUGGGCCGUGACCUUGAGUACUUUUAUGGCCCUGAUUGGCAAAACCAGAUCAAAUGCUCCCAUGCCACCCAGCAGUACGUGGACCGAAUUCAUGAAGUCGGGCAGGAGGACCCGGUGCUGCUGGUGGCCCAUGCCUACACUCGCUACAUGGGGGACCUUUCUGGGGGGCAGGUGUUGAAAAAAGUGGCCCAGAGAGCCUUGAAGCUGCCGCCCACAGGCGAGGGCCUGGAAUUCUAUCAGUUUGAUGCCAUCCAUAGUGCCAAAGCAUUCAAGCAGCUGUACCGCAGCCGGAUGAAUGAACUUGAGCUGGACGUGGAAACAAAGAAGAAGCUGGUGGACGAAGCUGUCAAAGCUUUUCACUUCAACAUGGAGGUGAGAGUCCAGAGAGAAGGAGGGAAGAUGGAGAUAGAGAGAGGAAGAAAUGCAGGAUAAGUUUGGAGACUUCACUGGGUGAUCUGCUGCCUGGUGGUGAAGAUAUGUGGUUGUUUGUUUUAAACAUUUACCUUACAUGCUGUAUAUCUUUAGGUGUUUGAUGAGCUGGAGGAGAUGGGCAAAACCAUCAAGGAGGACGUUUUGGAUGCUGGCAUGCCAGUCCAUGGAGAGAUGGGUGGCGACAUCAGCAAAUGUCCCUACUACACUGCCAAAAUGGGUAUGCUUUUGUUAUUCUUACACUGAGGUCUUGUCCACCCUGAGGGGGACUCUCUUUGGCACAACAACAAACUGACUAAACAUCCUCUUGUUUAUUACCCAGCUGCAAACUGAACAAUCAAACAAGGUAACAGCAGGUAUCAGUCUAAAGACGGUUUUAAAAUGGUUUAUUUGUGCAGUUGACUUUGACGGCUAGCCUAGCACGCUUUUCAUGGCAUUGAGUCACUUACGAUGAGGCCAAACAUUUUCAGUCUUAUAAGAUUUUUUGAAACAGAUGCAGGAACUAUCAGCAGUUUCAUAUAAGGUCCUCUUUUCUGUUGGCUUUCCUGUUUGUUUAAAUUGCGGUGUUGUGCUUUGUGGUUUCUUUGUGUCUGUUUUCUUCAAUUUGGUUGAUGUCUCUUUGACUCAGCUUCAGCGUUUUAACAUUCCUCGUUAAUUCCUCCUCUUUUAUUCCACUUCUUGUCUUCUUUUCUCUGCUGUCAACUGGUCAGCCAUCAACAACAAAUUUAAAGUUUUGUGCUCCCCCUGCAGAUUAUCAAAAUUUUCCAUCUUAUUGUCCACCGAUGCCGUAAAAAAGUCACAUUAAAACCAUGAUAAACAGUGCACUUGAUGUGCUAUAACUCCUUUUAGCUUCUUUAUUUCACAUGUGUGAGGUGUGAUCAGAUUGUUCCUGGUGUUGCUUUCGCUAUUUAGAAUUAAAAACCAUUGUCAAGGGGCUUUGACCAAUCAGAAUCCAGUGUUUAAUACGGCCAGGUGACUAUAAUACAAUUGAUAUAAACUUAAUUAUAAAGCUAUCGUGAUCUUCUUCUUCACAGCUGCAUCAGGUGGAUCAGCGUACGCCUGUCAGCUCGCCAUGGCUGUUCUCCGACACCCUACAGGACAGGUCCUGUUUGCUACAUGGUUUGCUGCUCUGGCCGGAUUGGCAGCUUGGUAUCUGAUGUGAUCCAGCCGUCACUGCGUCACUCUGCUGCUGUAAGAGAAAGAGAGAGAGGGGGAAAGACAUAGGAGAAAGGACAAAGAGACAGAAACGUCCCUCAAACUGUGCACAUAGUCUCAUAGUUUCAUACAAACAUUCUGAAGAACGGGUCCAAAGUUUAUUUUUGACACAGGUUUUACGAUUAAGGGUAACUGACAGGAAGAGAACAACAGAAUUCCAAUGAAACGAUCCAUAGGACCACAUGGAUAUCAGCUCCAUCCAUCCAUUCUUACAUUCAUCCAUCCAUCCACCAUUCAUCCAUCCAUACCAGCCAUCCAGCUUGCCAUUAUUCCACCGGUGCGUUCAGUCAUCCUCCAAAGUCAGACGUUGGAGCUGGAAGCGUUCCAGUUAGAAGUCGAAAACAGAGCUUGAAAGUAGCCCCUGUCAUUUUUAGCAUUGUUAGCUAAACCAAGCAAUAAAAACACACUCUGUGAUAGUUUAUACAUGAAAGCAACAUGACAACAUGUCCGCAGGUAAUACCCGCACAUUACUACCAAUCAUCGGUUAAAUUACGCAAGACAAGACAAAGUUGAGUGCAGCUGUUUAACGGUUAAUGCAGGGCUGCCGUUUUGAGCAGGAAUUCCGACUAAAAGGAGGUGUACCUUUGAGCGUCGGGAUUCCCGACCUCUGAGAUAAAAUUGAACACACCACAAACCCCUCCCCCUUGGUUGUUUGAGUUCUCUACCUCCUACCUCUUUAUUUUUUUUUUCUCAUUGUCACCCAAAACACAAGCAAUGCAUUCCUAUGACAGUUACUGAGUUGAUCUUGUCACUUACCUGCAACGAGUGCGCUGCAGGUACAGAUUCUCACUGCUUCCAUGCAAUGUUGUCAUUUUCACAGAUUUUCCUAAUGCAUGUCAGUAACAAAGUCGCAACCAGCUGCAGGAAGGAUGUCCAUUUUAACAUUCAAAGUUUGUGAAAAGGUUCCCUGAGAUAUGAUAAAUUUUUUAGUGAUUAAGCAAAAAAGGGCAAAAAAAAAAUACUUACAUGCAAUCAAACCAAAAGGUGUUUUUGCUUAAAGACUAAAUCUUAAAUAACUCCCCUAAAUUAACACAGCUCCUCCAUUUUCCGCGGAUCAACUAUAAAUUUGCUCAACCCAUCUAGAUUGAAAAUCGGAGCAUUUAGAGGCGAGACCAUCUAUGUUCAAAUUGUUAAGACAUACUAUGCGCAUGUUAUGCAUGAAUACUACAGCACAGCGUGGUUUUGCAGGGCAGACAGCUGUGUUCAUUUUCAAUGAGGCCUUGGUGUUUUGACACAAAAUCUCUUAAUUUUAACAGCGACAAGACAUAAUGUAUGAGGUGAUAUUAAUGCAAAGUGGUUUCAUGUGAUUUUGAACUCGCCAUGUAACUGUAACAUGAUGUGAAAUACAGCGCAGUGUAGGCCUCAAAUGAUUCCAAAAUCUUUGUCUAUGUAAAACAGGAGUCGGAUGCUUUCUUGUUUUCCUAAAAUAUAGCACACCUACACUUGAGCAAGUGUACGAUUUAUUAAACAUCUUUUAGAUAGUUGUGAAUAUUCCAGAUGUGUAAAUCUUGACCGAUGCAUGUUCAGUGACUUAGAAAUAUGCGUAAAGGCAUCUUAUACUCCUGAAAAAACUGCCUGUCGUUAACCGAAACGUGCAGCUUGACUUUCCCAUGAUCAACGCAGGAGCCUAUAUUAGGACAAAAGUGAGAACUGAGGUAAUGCAGCUGUUUUAAAAGGAAAACGUGUUUUUAUAAUAUUGAUCAUUCGUCCACAUGGAGGCGGAACAAGUCUUGAUAUUGUGGUUUAUCAUGAGCUACUUCAGGUAAGGUAGUGUCUGUUUAGUUUGAUGCUUUAUCCAUUUGUUAUGAUAUCAGUGCGCAUCAUAACUGCAUCAUUUAUCAUACUGCUCUGUACUCAAAACUGUUUCUGCAAGUGUGCAACAACCAUGACAUGGAGGAGAACUUUGUGCUGUGUGUACUGUAUGCAGUGUAAUUGCACUAAUUGAAGUUGAAUAUUUAUCCUAACAUGAUUAUGAAAAAUAAUUAACUUAACUUUACCUUUCCAUGCAUUUUUUCCCCCUUUUUCUUGGGUUUGUUGGACACAAGGUACUGAAGGAAACCUGCAGAGAGCAUCAUGUUAUCCAGGCCCCUUUUGCUUUUUGUAUUUACAUGACACACUCACACAGAAAUUAAAGUGCAGUAUUCCUUUAAUAGACUGUUUCCUGUAGGAUUUACAGCUGCAGUGCGGCUGUUUGACCACAGAUGUGACAGCUGGAGAGAUGAUGUGUUUUGGUUUUAAGAGCCUCAGGGUCGUGUUGCAAUGCAUUGAAUAUUAAAGACGAAAGCAGGAGGUGUCCUAAUAUACUCCUGUCCAUGCAUUGUUCUAUGUUCUUAGUGCCAGUGUGACGUGUGUUUAACCUCUGCAGUGUUUUUGGACAUAUGAAGGGACCCUUACUUGAAUCUUCAAAAGUUCAGACAUCUUUAAACAUCGAUUAAAACUUAAACUCAAGUGAGCGAACGCUUGACUCAUCCACGGUGGUUUCUAAUUGUUUUGCAUUUUCAUUAACUUUGCUCCUAAUCCUUUUGUUUGUGAACGCUGGGAACAGACAUGCUUGCAGUUCCUUUUUUAAAUCGUGUUACCUCUGGAUCACAGGUAAACAAUUUCAUUUCCCAGGAUUAGAGAGGGUUGUUUUGUUGUGUUAAAUGAAGAAAACAAAAGCCUGUUGUCUCGGAGUAAUGAGACAUUUCAUCAGCUGAGGAUGACUUGUUGGUUUUUGGAAUCACUGGAUAAACAAGGAGGAUAUUAAAAUGAGUGUCUGGUUCGUGUAAUCACAUCACAAGCCUUUAAGAAAAGAGUUAUGAUCAUAAGAGCGGAGGAGUCAUAAUUUAACGGUUAUAUAUUCUUAAGUGUGAUGGUGCGCUCUCAAAUCCAUCAUUUUUAUCUGGUUGCUGCAGUUUUGUGCUUGCUGGCAUGGCAUCAGAUCUCUGAGAAACCCAAGUAUCAGGAGUAACUACAUUUUGAUGAACAUUUCAAAUCUCUGGGGUCACCUUGUGAUCUUGAGAUUAUAGUGUCAAAAUAACUGCAAGCAUGGCUAUUCUCUGCACCUUUAUGCUUUCUUUAUCCUACCGGGCGAAGCUUUAUUAGUGACCCUCUAGUCUGCCUUCAUAGUGAAGUGAAAAUGCAGAAAUAUGCUGUGCUGUCUAUUGAAAUUAAUGAUUUUUUUUUUCCUGCUUGUGCUGAAAUAAAGAUAAUUAAUUUGGA